GAUUUUGAACCAUAUCCUGCUUUGCUGGUUAUGUUUGUUUGCAACCACUGCCCAUUUGUUAAACACUUGAAGAAAGCUAUUGUGAAGCUGACAAAUUUUUACCUGAAGAAAGGACUUGUAGUGGUUGCAAUAUCUUCAAAUUCUAUAGCUACUCACCCACAGGAUGGACCACAAUUCAUGGUAGAAGAAGCUAAGCUACUUAACUAUCCUUUCCCAUAUUUAUACGAUGAGUCACAGGAUGUUGCACGAGAAUUUGUAGCAGUUUGCACACCAGAGUUUUUCCUAUUUCAAAAGGAUGGUCGAAGGCCAUUUAAACUGGUAUAUCAUGGUCAAUUUGAUGAUUCCCGACCCAGUAAUAAUGUACCUGUUAGUGGAAGGGACUUGAGCAGAGCAAUAGAUUGUGUUCUCAGCAGCCAACCAAUACCAUCAGUUUAGAAACCUAGUGUUGGAUGUAGCAUAAAGUGGCAUCCUGAGACAACUUUGUAAUCUGUAAUCAAUUGGUUGAACUUCAUGAAGACAAAUUACAAAACAGUGUAGUGUUUCUAUCUGGUAUCAAAGCCUCUUAUGUAAUGGACGAACACUAUUUUGAUUAAGCAUGUACUAGUAUUUUUCUUCCUUCUCUUAAUCUUUUCAGUCUUUCCGUUUUUAUCAUUUUG